GUGAGCGCCACCUAACGUAAAAAUUACGCUUUAGUGCAUGUGAACCAUAACAAUAGAGGGUUCAAAGAAAAUCCACCGGUAUAUGCAAUACUAUUUAACGUUAUAGUUAAAAUCCCUUUGCCCAGGUUCUUGCAAUAUGGGCUCUGGGUUUCUGGUCAUCAAAUAUGUAUUUUAUGGAUUUAAUUGCCUCUUUUGGCUUUUAGGCUGUGCUAGUCUUGGAGUGGGUGUAUGGCUUCAUCAGAAUAAGGGUGAAUAUGGGGCAAUAGCCCAGAGUUACAGCUUCCUCAGUGCCCCGGCCUUACUCAUAGCUGCUGGGGUGGUCAUCCUGGUGGUGGGGUUCUUUGGCUGUUGUGGAGCCCUGGCAGAAAACCAGUGCAUGCUACUCACUUAUUUUGUGCUGGUGGUCCUAAUAUUUGUCCUACAGAUUGUAGCAGCUAUUCUUGCCUUUGUACACCAAGAUGAGAUCAACCAUGUAUUAGAAAAUGAACUCCUUGUGGGUAUAAAAGACAAGUAUCCUGGUGAUCCAAGGAGACUAGAAAUGAAAGAUGCCUGGGAUUUAGUUCAGAUUGAACUGGGUUGUUGUGGGGUGUACAACUACUCAGACUGGUUUAAGUCCCAUGCCUGGCCAGACAAGGACUGGGUGCCAGACUCCUGUUGUAGAGCUUCACAGCAUUCAACCCUCUGUGGGAGAACUGGAAACCCUGCCAUGUGGCAGAGCCACGGGUGUUUUAAUGAGCUGAAGUAUUGGUUGACCCAGCAUUUAUACAUACUAGGAGUAGUGGCAAUUACCGUAGGAGUGAUACAGAUUUUGGGAAUGGUUGCAGCCAUGGUGCUUUACUGCUGCUUGAGAAACAACAAAUACUACAGAUAACCCUUGGCAAACCCUGAUCAGACCACGCCCUUGCUUAUCUGGAAGAAUCUGAGGUGUUUCAGGUUGGAAUCCAGUCUGGUUACCCUGAAGUCAGUUGCUGUCUUGUUACCUAUAAACCAAGCAGUGGCAUUUUAUAGGGUUCAUGUUAGUGAAAAGAUUUGAGGGGGAUUUGCUUAGGUCAGAAACUAAAUUACUGUUUCUUUACCUUCCAAACAAGCAGUGGGAUAAAAUGUAGAUUAAUCCAAUAGUAGUAUAUCGUACUGCUUUGUUUUACAAGAACAUUCCCACAUGAACAAAAAGUUAUGAAAAGAGGAACAAACAGUGUAUUGCAUUUAUCUUUGAAACAUUUGCCUUCUAGUCGAAGAUUUAUGAUUGUAAUAAUAAUAUACAGCAAGGGGCGGAACCAGAGUUGCGCUUUCUGAUGUUAUGUCAAAACCAUAGUGAGAAAGAAAAACUGGAUGUAUUAGGACAUUUUAAAGAUUUUAUUUAUUUGCUGUACAGUAGUUGGAAUCACAAUAGCUGGCACAUUGUAUAACAAAUAUUAAGUAUAAUACUAUAAAUAAUACUCAUGUAAAUAACUUUUAUAGUUUAAUAUUUAGCAUAUAUAUUUUUAAAAACUUAGCAUUUAAGCUGUCAUGUCCAUUAAUGAAACACUUCUCUUAAAAUGUUCCUAUCAAUAUAUUUCAUUUUAAAAGGCACUGGUUUUGAGCCGACUGUAAGCUAUUUAUUUUAAUUGAAACUUAUGUUUUACCUCGUAACUGAAGGAACUGAGGACUGAAUCAUGUGUAAAAGAUCUGACUGCCAGGGAGUGAUAGGACAGCUACUUGUUUGAGAUGAAGUGCAUUUUAGGUUCAUUUUAGAAAUUUGUUUGGCGUUUUCUUUGCUGUUAGUUUUUAUUUGGGUAUUCAUUUCCUUUCAUAUAUAAAAUUUAGAACCAACUCUGUUCCUAAGACUCUUGUCAAUGUGCCAUUUUUGCAUUGUAUGAUUUGAAUUAACUUGUAUACAAAUGUAGAUUAUACCAUUUUGUUCAAUGAAAUGGUAUCUUUAUCAUUUCAUUUGAAACACAUGCCGACAGGCCUGCACAUAAAAGUACUGUUUAAUAAUAAAUAAUUAUUUUUAAAA